UUGCAAAUGGCGUCUGCCAAGUGUGUGAGGAGUCGGAACUUUUGGUAAAAAACACCGAAGAAGUUGUUUAAGGCAAAUUUGUAGUGUUUCUUGUAACAUUUAAUCGAGUUUAACGUAUAGUCAGCAAAAUGCCAGCAGUGCGUGGAGAUGGCAUGCGUGGUUUGGCAGUUUUCAUAUCAGACAUCAGAAAUUGUAAAAGCAAAGAAGCGGAAAUAAAGAGGAUCAAUAAAGAAUUAGCCAAUAUUCGGAGCAAAUUUAAGGGGGAUAAAACUCUUGAUGGUUACCAGAAGAAGAAAUAUGUCUGCAAACUGUUGUUCAUCUUCCUCCUUGGCCAUGAUAUUGACUUUGGCCACAUGGAAGCUGUCAACUUGUUGUCCUCCAACAAGUACUCUGAGAAACAGAUUGGAUACCUUUUCAUUUCUGUUUUGGUCAACACCAACAGUGAUCUCAUCAAGUUGAUAAUCCAGAGCAUCAAAAACGAUCUCACAUCAAGAAAUCCAAUCCAUGUUAACUUGGCGAUGCAGUGCAUAGCAAACAUCGGGAGCAAAGAGAUGGCAGAAGCUUUUGGAUACGAAAUUCCAAAACUUUUGGUUUCAGGAGACACUAUGGACGUGGUGAAGCAGUCUGCGGCUCUUUGUCUGCUGAGGCUGUUCCGCACAUCACAAGAGAUUAUCCCCGGCGGAGAGUGGACCUCUCGUAUCGUACAUCUGCUGAACGACCAACACCUGGGCGUGGUCACUGCAGCUGCGUCUCUCAUUGAUGCCCUGGUCAAGCGCAACCCAGAUGAGUACAAAGGCUGCAUCAGUCUGGCCGUCUCUCGUCUGUCCAGGAUUGUAACGGCCAGCUAUACGGAUCUCCAAGACUACACUUAUUACUUUGUCCCUGCUCCAUGGCUUUCAGUUAAACUGCUCAGGCUUCUGCAGAAUUAUACUCCUCCAGAUGAUCCUGGUGUGAGAGGGCGCCUAAAUGAAUGUCUAGAAACAAUAUUAAACAAGGCUCAAGAGCCACCAAAGUCAAAGAAAGUACAACAUUCCAAUGCUAAGAACGCAGUUCUGUUUGAGGCCAUCAGUCUUAUCAUUCACAAUGAUAGUGAGCCCAAUCUGCUUGUGAGGGCAUGUAACCAGUUGGGCCAGUUCUUGUCCAACAGAGAGACUAACCUUCGCUAUUUAGCCUUGGAGUCAAUGUGUUUAUUGGCCAACUCGGAAUUCUCUCAUGAUGCUGUCAAAAAACAUCAGGAAGUAGUCAUCCUCUCCAUGAAGAUGGAGAAGGACGUGUCAGUGAGACAACAGGCUGUGGACUUGCUGUAUGCCAUGUGUGACAAGAGUAAUGCCGAAGAGAUAGUACAAGAGAUGCUCAACUACUUGGAGACAGCCGACUACUCCAUCAGAGAGGAAAUGGUACUGAAGGUGGCCAUCCUAGCAGAGAAGUAUGCGACAGACUACACCUGGUAUGUGGAUGUCAUACUCAACCUGAUCCGGAUAGCUGGAGAUUAUGUGUCGGAGGAAGUGUGGUACCGAGUUAUACAGAUAGUCAUCAACAGAGACGAUGUUCAGGGCUACGCUGCUAAAACUGUCUUUGAGGCAUUACAAGCUCCAGCAUGUCAUGAAAACAUGGUUAAAGUUGGAGGUUAUAUUUUAGGCGAAUUUGGUAAUUUGAUAGCAGGUGAUCAACGGAGCGCACCUAUUGUACAGUUUCAACUUCUACAUUCCAAGUACCACCUGUGUUCGCCGAUGACACGGGCGUUGCUGCUUUCCACCUACAUCAAGUUUGUCAACCUCUUCCCCGAGGUCAAGUCUGUAGUGCAAGACGUGUUCAAGCAGCACAGUAACCUGCGCAGUGCCGACGCAGAACUGCAACAACGGGCGUCAGAAUACCUACAGCUCAGCAUCAUCGCAUCCACAGAUGUGCUGGCAACGGUGCUAGAAGAGAUGCCAUCCUUCCCAGAACGGGAAUCAUCAAUCCUUGCAGUGCUGAAGAAGAAGAAGCCGGGACGAGUGCCUGAAAACGAGAUCAGACCUGCACACAACUCUCAUAACCAUCAAGCUGACUCUACUACCACCACGACGGCAACGCAUACUUCUCACACCAACAACAACGUGGCCACUGACCUGUUGGGACUGUCGACUCCCUCUGUACCCAGUUCCAACACCGGAGUGUUGGUGGAUGUUCUGGGUGAUAUAUACAACAGCAGUCCAGCUCCCCCCACACAGAACACCUACAACCCCAAGAAGUUUGUGUGCAAAAAUAAUGGAGUGCUAUUUGAAAAUGACCUUAUUCAAAUCGGUGUCAAGUGUGAGUUUCGGCAAAACCUUGGUAGGCUUGGCCUUUUCUACGGCAACAAGACAUCAUUUCCUCUUCAGAGUUUCUCAGCGACAUUGCAGAACCCAGGGGAGUGGGUCAACAAGCUGAAUAUUCAAGUGAGGGCCGUUGAACCUGUGCUGGAGGCUGGUGCACAGAUACAACAGAUGGUCAAUGCCGAGUGUAUAGAGGACUACACAGAUUCACCAUCCAUGAUUGUGGCAUUUAUGUACAACAACGUACCACAGAAAGUCAUUAUGAAGUUGCCACUAACACUUAACAAGUUCUUUGAACCAACUGAAAUGAAUGGAGAGUCCUUCUUUGCAAGGUGGAAAAAUCUUGGAGGUAACCCACAGAAAUCUCAGAAGAUAUUUCGCGCUUCACAGUCAAUGGACUUGACAGCAGCUCGCACCAAGGUGUUGGGCUUUGGCAUGCAGCUCCUGGAUGGUAUAGACCCCAACCCGGACAACUUUGUGUGUGCUGGCAUCAUACACACACGCACACAGCAGAUCGGUUGUCUUCUGCGUCUGGAACCCAACAAGCAAGCCCAGAUGUACAGGCUGACUGUCAGGUCCAGUAAAGAGCCAGUGUCAAUAGAGAUAUGUGAACUGCUGGCUGACCAGUUUUAAUCUGCUGUGCCUUGGGGUUGCCCAAGAUCUGUGACUUCUAUCGUUUCCGGACUUAGGUUAUUGUAACUAUUUAAUUUAUUCUAUUCUCUUUUAAAGAGCCGUUUAGUCUCAUAUACAUAUGCCUAUUAGUUGUUAACCAGUGUUAUUUUUUAUUAUUUUUGUUAUUUAAAUUAUAUUUACAAUGAUGUAUAUCAUUAGGACAUUGUUAACUUGUAAUAUAUAUAUCGUAAGAAAUCUAAUGAUAGUCUGUGUUAUUCUUCAUGUUUUCCCUCUCACUUGUAAAGUUUAACAUUUUCUCUCUUGUCGUAGAACCGAAUGUAGUUAUUAUAUUUUUCGAAUAGUUAUUCAGUGUUCACUGCUCAAAAUUUAUAUAUUUUCAAAGAGGCAGCAUAAAACACUAUCCUUAUUGUUGUUAAAAAAUCAAUGAUUUUGUUAUAAUCAUCGACAAAUUGUGAGAAAUUUUUCUCAAAAUUUCUUUUGAUUAAUUUUUAUGAAAGAAUUUAUUUUUAUUUCAAUUGUCAAAAUAGUUAUGUAUUUAUUUUAAAAACAUUAAGCUUACAUUUUGACAUGAAGAUCUGAUAAUUAAUUGGUGGUUACAAAAUUUGUGUACUGCUUGAGCUAAAAAUUUCUCAUCAUCAUUGAAAAUAUACACUUGUUUUCCGAAAUUAUGCAAAAAAUCUUAUCUAUGUGUCUUCUUUUGAGUGAUGAAACCAGCUCUAGUCUAAGGAAUGUCUAGGGCUACAAGAUGUACAAUAAUCGUGCAAUAAAUUAACGAUUGCUGCGUUACAGCAUUUUGCUAUUAUUUCUUUGAUAUCAAAUUUGUAAAUCCUAAAUUUACCAUUCAGUCAGCAGGUUUUACAAAUACGAUCCCAGAGUAAGCGUAGUUGUAGUAACCACAGUGUUUAAGGUGUUUCUUUAAGACAGAGAUAAUGCAUAUUUUAUAGAUAACAUCUUGUUGUAUUUUUAUGUUUGUCUUUGUUCUGGUAUAUGUCAAAGAAACAUAGCUACACAAGUCACAACUUUACAAAUGGUUGCUUAAUGUUACUCUGUAUUAGCUAACUGAAGUGGUUCUAUGUUUUUUUUUUCAUAAAUAAUUAAGGGUCUUUAGAUAUUUUGUUAUCCUAUGUUAACCAAUCCCCUAUGUACUUUUGGCAAAGCAUUCCCUCUCCAUCCUUAAUCUAAUAUAAGUUUGCCAUACCUUUAAAAUCCUAUUACAAACUAGGUUUUCUCACUGGCAAGCGGUUUUAUAGUUUUGUUAAGAGAAUUUAUUCUCGAAGCUGAUUUUGAAAUCCAUUCUAUGUUAAUGGCAAAUGUUAAAUACAAAUUAUUUUGUACUAUUUUCAAACAUAGAAAAUAACAUCAAGAGGAUGGUUUCUGUACAGAUACCUUUUUUAUACUAUGUUACUUACUUUGCAUCUCAAUCUUCAUUCUUGUAGCUAAGUUUUUGAGUCUUUAUUUUUAUUGAGAUAUAGAUAACCAUGUAGUAAAAAUAUUGAGAAAAUGACUGAUAUGACAUUUUAAUUGAUAGUGUUAUAGUUAUGUUUUACUGUGGGUGUAAAUGUCGCUAUUUCUCUCGUAAGUGGGAUUGUACAAUUAAUUUGUUCAAGUCAGUAAUGUAGUUAGAGAUUACUACAGCUGCAGUUCACUUGAUUGUCAACGUGCUAUAGACAAUACGUAUUAUCAUUAGUAUUGGAAUGCAGAUUCUCUGUUGCUGUUCUGCUUGUGUGUAGUGGAACAUACUCUGUUAUGUAAUAUAUUCCAUUUGUAUAAAAAUCAAUAAUAUAUCAGUAAUUAUAGGCGGAGUUUAAGCACGUGUGUUGAUUUCACUGUCCAAUGAGCUUGCUUUAUUUACCCUUUAGGUGUAUUUUCCAAGACGGCUGUGUGCAGAGGUUGGAUGGUUACAUUUCAUCAGAAUUUUUACACGUGUGAAUUGAAUAUUUUUUGAAACUGGGUAAGCACACUGUUAGGCACUAUUGCAAAUAGUCCAAAUCGGUUAUAUUGAUUUUCUCCGUGUAAUCUUUUCUCUUUUCUAUGGUAAAAUGCUUACAAAUAAACUGUUCCAAAUGUGCUCUUUUGCAAAAAAAAAUUGGAUUAUAUACCAUCAAAAAAACUAACUAAAUUGUGUUCACAAUAAAAAUGUGACAGGAUAGAAUUAUUUUUGUAUGUUAAAUAAUUUUUCUGAUUUUUUUUAGAACUUUUAAAACUUUCUGUAAUUUCAACUAUAGUUAUUUGUGCAACUAGUGAGCAAAGUGAGCAAUUGACUCACUCGAGAGAAAUCCUUACUCACGAGCCGUAGGCGAGUGAGGAAUGGUUUCUCGAGUGAGGCAAUUGUACUUUGCACUCGAGUUGCACAUUAUAUUUUUCCUACAGUUACCAUAUAACAAAUAAAUUGGUGAAGAAACGUAACAUAUUUUUACACAGAAGUGACUUUUAAUAUAACAUUUAAUGUGAAGUGACAAAUACAACAGUACAACAGCUGACCAGCUGAUUUACAGCCAGUGCUGUCAACAUAUUUCGCGCACAUACAACCUUGUCUGCAUGUUACGCGCUUACUGUUCACAUUGCAAAUCUGGAGUGAGACAAAGUAAUUAGAGUGAGACAGUGUUAACAUUGUCUCACUGAUGAGCGAAUUGGCCACUUUGCUUUCUCAAAUCAGUGAGAUAACAUGUGCAUUGUUAGGUAACUGUAGGAAAAAAAAUUAUAUCAACCUGAAUCCUAAUAUUUAACUGAAUAUAGGAAGAAAUGAAAACUAUCAAAAAAAAAGUUGAGUCCGGAACAUUUUGAACAAUAAACUAAACGUUUUGCAAUAACGGUAUAAAAACAAGUUUGCUAAAUAGUUGUUUGCACAGAUUUACUCAAACCUGUUUGUACUUAUAACAUAAUAUUAUGUCAUAAGUGUGGCUUUUAUGCCCAAAAUUAAACGAAUGCUCGGGCUAUUGCCAUGAAAUGUAACCUCCUGUAGUAAUGAUAUUGGUAUUUACCUUAGUGUCCUGAACUGUAUGAAAUUGUAAAUGUUUAGCUCUAAAUAAGCGUGUAGACCAAAUUAUUAGAUUAGGUAAUGCGGUGAUGUUUUUUAUUUAAAGUUUUUAUAUUUUGGAAGAUGAUCUGAAUAAAUUGCAUCAGUUACCGUGCUUUAUUGUAAUAGUUUGUAAUGGGUGAGUUUUAAUACUGAAUACAAAUAGCUUUAAUAUUUUGUAUGACAGCUAUGAUUGUAAAAUCAAUUGAUUUCAUCAUUAAAUGCUUACUUUUGUUAUAGUGAUUAUUUUAAUUAUUAACGCAUGUCCAAUAAAAUUUGUAACACAGUUUUGUCAUUUUUUCACUGUUCAAAAAUGUUUUAGUCAAAAUUACUUUUUUGUUGCAGGUGAAAACUUUACUAACUUUAUUUAAAAUAAAGCCAUAGUAUGAACUAAAAACACUAAACUUGGCACAAACAAUUGUUUCAAUAAUUUUUGUGUAUAUUUUUUCUUACUGCCCUCUCUCUACGUUUGGUUUUUGUAAAGCAAGAUUGUGUAUUUGUAAAUAUGAAAAAGUUGAGCUUUGUCUUUUACUACUUCUAUGAAUUAGACAAAGCUUAUUAUUUGUUGUAGUUCUUUAUAUUUUAUAUAGCACAAUAUUGUAAAUUGUAUACUAUACUCUUGUGUUGUUAAAAUUCAUGUCCAAAAUACAGCUGUAAUAUAAAGUG